AUAUUUGUGUUUAUGGCGUAUUAUUUUUAUGUCGAAUUGAUAGUGCUGAGUAAUUUUGGUCAGGGCGCUUUAUUCCCGAUUUGUUUCGUUGUUGUCACGAUGCCAAGUUUGUUGCUGAGCGCGAGCCAGGCUGCCUGAUCCACGGCCUGUCUUGGAAACCUCCACCAUGUACUUGAUUUGCCAAUAUUCCAAAUGCCUAUAAUUUUCUGAUAGGUACAAGAACUGAUGAGGGAAACACAAGAGAUGUCUCUCAAGCCAAGGAAUGUGGACUUCCAGGAGACUUGGGCCAGUCUCAAAGAAACUGUGGCCGGCGUGGUAGCUCUUCGGGCGGUGGAACGAGGCGUGUGGAACACACGAUUUUCAGAUGUCUACGCGCUUUGCGUGGCGCAUCCUGAACCACUUGCAGAUCGCCUCUACGACGAAACUAGGAACUUUUUAGAAGAGCAUGUAGGCGGCUUGCUCCAGAAAGUCCAAGGCAACGCGCCAUUGGAGAGUAGCGAUUAUAAUGAUGGACUACUUAACAGGUACGUGACAGCGUGGCACGAGUACAGCCAAGGCGUGGCCUACCUCAACUCCCUCUAUUCCUACCUCAACUUGCAACACAUCAAACGACAGAAGGUUUCAGACGCGGAGAUAAUAUACGGCUCUUCGGCGACAGUCAGUUGUCCCGAACAUGAGUCCAGACAUUUAGAGGUAGGCGAGCUAGGGCUAGUGACGUGGGAGCGCGUGCUAGUGCGGCCGCUCGCCACCGCGCUCAGCUCGCGGCUGGUGGCGGCGCUGAACGCGGCGCGGGACGCCUCGCCCGACCCCUCCACGGCUGACACGCUGCGCAGCGCCAUACACAGCACCGUGCACGUACAGGCGUUCAGGGUCCGUGCCCCACUGUCGCUGUACGUGGAGCUAGUACUGGAGCCAUUCCUCGCGGCCGCGGGCGCGCAUCACUCGCGCCGCGCCGCCAGCUUGCUCGCCGAGGGAGACGUCUCACACUUUAUGAAACACGUACUCGACGGUCUCGAACGCGAAAUAACAUUAGCAAGGCGAUUUCUCCACACGUCUUCAAUAGAGGCCGUCAGAGCAUGUUACGAGCAAGCAUGCGUCGAAGCACACUUACCCGCCCUACACGCAGAUAUAGAUCGACUUCUCAAAGAAGCUAGUGCGGGCAGUACUGGCAGACAGGACGACUUGAGGCGAAUGUAUGCACUACUCAAGCCGUUGGGACCUAAUGCCUUGAGACCUUUGGUGGAUGCCGCUCACCAGCAAGCCGUCAGGGAUGGAAUCGCCUUAUUGGAGGCUGAUCAUCCCAAAGACGAGGCACACUCACACUUCGUUCAAGCGAUGCUGUCUCUACAUAACAAAUACAGCGUGCUUUUCGCUGACGUGUUUGGUGGAGCACAACCCUUUGUUGGGGCGCUGGACAAAGCGUGUAGCGCAGUAGUAAACCGCCGGUGGGCGGGCGAAUCUUGCGCCCGCGCUCCGGAAUUAGUCGCGCGAUACUGCGACGCGCUGCUGAGGCGUCGCGGGGCCGACACGGAAGCGGACGAUAAACUCGCGGCUGCGAUCGUCGUGUUCAAAUACGUCGACGACAAAGACGUGUUCCAGAAACAUUACGCGAGAGCACUGGCUAGAAGACUAAUACAUCAGUUGUCUGCGUCUAUGGAACAGGAAGAGGCAAUGAUAAACCGACUGAAGGCAGCGUGCGGGUACGAGUUCACGAACAAGCUGCACCGCAUGUUCACGGACGUGGCGGUUUCUGCGGACCUCAACGCGAAGUUCCAGCAGCAUCUGCGGGAUAACAACCUCACCACUAAUACAGGGUUCUUUAUACAGGUUUUACAGGCAGGUGCGUGGCCGCUGGGCGGAGCGAUGGCGCCCCUAGCGCCACCAGCUCAAUUGGAGCGACCAGCCAGGCUAUUCGAAGCUUUCUAUAGAGCGUCGUUUAGCGGCCGGCGGCUUGCGUGGCUUCACCACCUGUGUACAGGGGAGCUGCGCACGCGAUACACGCAGAGAAUGUACCACCUCAGCGCUACCACGCCACAGUGCGCACUCCUCCUAAUGUUCGAAAACACAGACGUGGUAUCAGCUCGGGAGGCCCGCGAGACCCUCCAGGUCUCAGAAGAAGCCUGGGCCAGACACGUGAAGCCCCUUCUAGACGCCGGCCUCCUCACCGCAAAAGGAGACCUUCAUCUGGAGUCCCCUGAUGAUGAAGGAGAAUUGGCUUUGAAUCUAAGUUUCACCUGUAAAAGGACUAGGAUAAGACUCACAUGCGCCGCGGCGCCGCCUAACCAAGGAGGCGGCUCGGGCUCGGGCAGCGGCACAAGCAGCAGCGAGGCGGCGCACUGUGACGACGACAGAAAGAUGUACCUCCAAGCCGCGCUCGUCCGCAUCAUGAAACAGAGGAAGGUACUCCGCCACACGGAGCUAAUACAGGAAGUGGUAUCGCAGGCGCGCGGCUCGUUCGCGCCCUCCGUCGCCAUGAUCAAGAAGUGCAUCGAGGCCCUCAUAGACAAACAGUACCUGGAGCGAGCGCCCGGCACCCUCGACACUUACUCCUACCUCGCGUAAAGAAUCGCCGCCACCGUCUUAACACUGAUUGCUAAUUUUAGCCUAUAUACCACUCACUACUCUUUUGUCUGUGUCAUGUCUUUCAAGAAACCAAUAGGGUACGGUAGCCGGCAAGAAACAUCGGUACAUCGACUAUUAGAAAUAGGUAUCGGCUUAACGUUGUCUCUGUCUUGUAUUUGACGUUUUGUUGGCUACCUAUUUUGUCGUUUUGUUGGUCUCGACGACAGAGACAACGCUCUGCGAAUCCGUUAUCUCUUUCUAAAUGUCAACGUACAAUAUUUUCUGCUGAGUACUGUACCUCCAAUUCAGGGAAUCAAAACGCAUGUGGUACUUCCCUUUGACCUAGAAUCAUGAAAUUUAGCAGUUUUUAGUAGCAGCAAAAUUAUGAGUAAAGGGAAAAAUCUGAAAACCGAGAAUUUGUGUUGGACACCACAAA